CAGUUGUAGAUCAUUGUCUGUGGUUGUGUAGUUUUCUUGGGUUUCGGAUGGCUUUGCUUUCUUUCAUAAAUUUUUCAUUAUUUAUCAUGUGAAUGUUUGGUAUAUUGUAAUUUCUGUUAGGUAGCCACUAACAAAAAGCUUAAGUGAAACAGUUGCCACACAAGCAGCAGUCAUGGUGCCUGUUGCAAUUGAAGGAUGUAACCAAGGGACGGAAGGUGGUGGAGCUCGAGGUGGUUCAAUCUCUUUGGCAUUGCUGAUCGACUUCAUCGUUCAAAGAACAUACGAUGAACUUACGGUGCUGGCGGAGCUGUUGCCCCGCAAAACAGACAUGGAGCGCAAAAUCGAAAUUUACAAAUUCAGUGCACGCACUCGUCAGCUGUUUGUACGUCUCCUGGCCCUGGUGAAGUGGGCAAGCAGUGCAACAAAAGUGGACCGCUCGGCUCACAUCAUGGCCUUUUUGGAUAAACAGGCACUGCUGUUUGUAGAAACUGCAGAUGUUUUAGCAAGAGUUGCCCGUGAAACUCUAGUACAUGCCCGCCUGCCCACAUUCCACAUGGCGGCAGCGGUAGAAGUGCUCACACUAGGCACAUACAGCCGGCUUCCAGCCGUGAUCCGGGAGCGCCUCGUGCCGCCGCCGACGCUGACGCCGGCCGAACGGCGCUCCACGCUGCGGGCGCUCGCACAUGUCGUAAGACAGCGGCUCACCACAGCAUCAUUGCCUACUGAUGUUCGUAACUUGAAGGUGGAAAACGGCCGAGCUACAUUCUCAGUUGGCCAAGAGUUUAGCGUGUCAUUAACAGUGAUGGGUGAUGCUCCCAAUCUUCCAUGGCGAUUGUUAGACAUAGCUAUCUUGAUUCAAGACAAUGAAACAGGAGAAGGCAAGCCUCUUGUUCAUAGCUCUCAACUAGCUUGGCUUCGUGGGGUGGCACAAGCUCGACUUGCCGCCGCCGGCUUGGGCGGCGCUCUCUCUGCUCUGCGAUACUUUUGCCGCUCCCUCUCCCUGGAACUCUUGUAUACGCAGACACUAAGACUGUGCCGCGAUCGCUUGGCAAAGCACCUACAAGUUGACAAGUACAUACCUGGACAGAAACUUCAAGUUUCCUACUGGAGGGAAUUAGGGUGCGAGCUCGGUUACCGGCUCAUAAUUGGCGCGGAGGGCGAGUCGCUGUGCGUAUGGCACGUGCCCGCGUUGACGGGCGGCGAGCGCGUGUCGGCCGCGCUGACGCCUCACGCGCCGUCCAUGGAGCGGCUGCUGGCGCACACGGUGCACGUGCGCUCGCGGCAGCGGCUCAACGACCUCAAGGUGCUGCUCAACGACCUCGGGGUAGAGUGCAGCGUGGGCGGCUGGCCGUGCGUACUAGCGUGCUCGGUAGUAUGGCCGUGCCUACGCGCCGAGCAGUUGCUAAUUUGCGUGGGCGCGCACGGCGGCCGACUGCGCGCGCGCGUGCCCGCCUACCCUGCGUCCCCACGAAUGCCCGACUUAGCGCGAGCACUGGCGGCUACAGACUUACCGCAGAUUAAAGCACUACUUACGCAGCUCAGAUUCUGGCUCGUAGCGCGCCGUUGUGAGAAAACCUUACAGCAUCUCCCUGCAAGCGUAUGCGAGCACCUACCGUUCCUACACGGGCCCGAUCACCCGCUCAACAAACUGUCGCCUGAUCGACUCUACGUCACGCUUCAUAGACACACUGAUCACAUACUAAUAGUGGAGAUGAAGGAGGUAGCAGCGGGCAGCACGGCGACCACGAGCAGCAGCAGCAACAGCGGCAGCGCGUGCUCCGUGGCGCUGGCCUUCCACCUGGCCGGCGCGCGCCGCUGCACGCCCGACGAGUGCGAGGACGAGCAUUCUGCGGCGGUGGUAGCGGCUGGCGGGCAAGCGAGUGUGGCCCGCGCGUUCUUCAAGAUACACUCAUUGGUUGAGCUGGACACUUUCACACUCACUCACGGGCCUUUCACGCCUCUCGAUACGCCAGGUAUGCAGCCGGGCAAGCGCAAGCUGUCAAGCGGCGGCGCGCGGUCGGUGCGCGUGCGGCAGCCCGCCUACUUCCUGCCCGAGCUGGCGCACGUCGUGGCCGCCGCCGACGAGCGCGUGCCCUUCGUCAACCUGGCGCAGGAGCUCGCAGCCCGCGGUGUAACUCACGGCGGCGUCCAACCGGAAUGGUGUGGCUCCGCCCUAGGCAUGCGUAUCGUAGCGCUGCCUCGACCUGAAGGCGCUCCCGCCGGCGCCGCAGCCGCGCUGCGCGAGCGAUUACUAGCUGCUACGGUGCGGUUGACUACCAAGAACCAAGCGCGCGUGUGGACCGCAGAGAUAGUGUUCCAUGGUUCGCCCGUACGCACGCCUAACCCGAAAGAGCAAGGCGAGCGUCGCUGCGUGUACCUGCAGUACGAGCUGGGCACGGACGCGGGCCGCACGGCCGACGCCUUCCUGGCCGACUGGGCCGCCAUCGUGCAUCUACAUACGCUGCUGCACGACUUCAUGCUGCGCCCUGCACAAGAACGCGACAUGAUGUGGCAAGGCGUAUGCAUCCGUUCCUACACGUACCGCUCGCUGGUGAUCGGGUUCGGCGCGUCGCAGCGGGCGACAGCCGUUCUGCAGUGGAGCGCCGCGGCGCAGCGCUACACCGUGGCCACGCCCGCGCACCAGCCCGCCGCCAACGCGCACCACCUGCUGCACCACCACCUCGACCACUACAUCAACUGGCACAAAGACCUAAUGUCACUAGGCGUAGUUCUGCGCGAGACCUACGCACCAUUGCUAGCGCUGAGCCGGCUGCCCGCGCUGCCGCAGCUAGGGUUGCACCACGUGCGCACGCAGAUGCCCACGCCGACAUUCACGCUGCUAGCGCAUUCUUGGCGCAAGAUACGUAUCAUCUACGCUGGCGCGUACUCAUUGGAAAUUGGCAUACGAGGCGGUGGCAUGGUCACAAUACGUGAUGGCUCCUUCUCCAAGUUUGACAGAAGUUCAGUUGUGGAUGAAUUUGCCCCGGCUCAAGGACUCAAGGCGUUUUUGUCACGUUACGUCGAAGAGAGUAUAAGUUCAAGACUGUUAGCCGAAGAUGAUAACCCGCCUUCUCCCAUGUCUCCAAUGCCACCAGGUGGUCUCCGCUUCCCGGCGCCGCUGACGCCGCCGCAGCCGCACACGCCGCACUCGGCGCCCGUCACGCCGCACCCCGCCUCUCCAGCACAACACCAGAUGGGGGCCGGCUCCUUCAACCUGACGUCACCGCCCGGCGGCGCGGGCGCGGCAGGCGGCGGGGGCGCGGGCGUGUCCGCGUCGCCCGCGUCUCCUCUAGCGCCGUCUCCUUUAGCCGCGCCCGCCGCGUCGCCGCAUCCGCCGCCAACCUCACCCUUCACGACCUGGCCCGGCUCACCCUCGCUACCACGACCCUCGCCCGGACACCACCCGUCGCCGCGGCAUCAUCUUGACCAUAAAGGUCCACAAGCCACGGGUUCAACAGCAUCGGGCGGGCGUGUGCUCCUAGGCGGUCGCGCGUGGGCGGGCGCUACAGCCACGCCCCUACCCGUAGCCAAGCUGGAGACGCUGUGCACGCCGUGCGAGCCGCCGCCCAACGCGCCGCCCGGCCCGCCGCUGGCGCCGCUGCAGCGCUUCCUGGCCUGCGUCUACAUGAAGCGCACGCUGCAGCGCUUCGUGCAGCAGGAGGAGUUCCUAACAAUGGUAUCCGUGGAGGCGACGAGCCUGACGUUCCGCUGCGACGCGGCCGGGCUGGCGGCGCGCGUGGCGCUGCACCCGGCGCACCUGCAGGCGCUGCACCUGCAGCUCACGCCGCUGCCCGACCACAAGGACAACUGGGCGGCCGACGACCUGCAGGUGAUGGAGAAGUUCUUCGACCAGCGCGUCGCAGUAGCUCCAUACCGUGCCACAGCGCUGCAAGGCUGGGCACGUGUAUGGGGCGCGCCGGCCGCCGCGCUGCCGUCGCUCGUGGCGCUCAUGCGCGCCGACCUGGCGCCGCUCGCGCUGCAGCACGCGCCCGCCUGGCACCUGCACUGGGCGCUGCGCAUCCCGCCCGCCGCGCCGCAGAUAGUGCCCGCGGGACAACCCGCCGUGCUGCUGGCCAAGCACAAGAUACUCUUCUUUAUAUGCCUAACUCGUGGUGACACACAACUGGUGCUGCCGCUCGUAUACGAUAUGCAAUCAAACGUAACGCAGCUCGCUGACAAACGAGACUCGCAGCCGCAUCUUAUCGCGGUCAGCUUGCAUCUCAAACGUUUCAACGAGUUCAACCAGUCGCACGCGGAGUGUACUCUAUGGCCGGCAGUACGCGACCUGCUCACAAACUUCACGCUGCCGCAAGACGCGCCGCAGCCGCCCGCGCCGCCGCCGCCCUAGCGCGGCCUCGCCCGCCCGGGCUAUGGGGGCGUGGCCUAGGCACCCGGUGACUCAAUGAUACGUGCCUAACUUCAGAUUGAAUACUUUGUC